GACACAUCACUACUUAACAUCACUGCACAAUUCAUUCGUCACUCAUUCACUGAAUAGUCGAGUGCUAUAACCUGCUCUCAGGGUGUCCACAGAAAUGGAUGCUCAUUUCCCUGUACUGAACAUGGGAGAGCCCUGUGUUCAGAUCUUUGAACAACCCAAGCAAAGAGGCAUGCGCUUUAGGUAUAAGUGCGAAGGCCGUUCAGCAGGGAGUAUACCUGGAGAAAGAAGUUCUGACAAUAAUAGGACUUAUCCAAGCAUCCAGAUUCUGAACACCUGUGGAAGAGGAAAAGUGCGCGUGUCAUUGGUAACCAAAAAUGAGCCGUACAGACCACACCCACAUGACCUGGUGGGGAAAGACUGCAAGGAUGGAUAUUACGAGGCAGAAUUUGGACCUGAACGCAGAGUUAUUGCCUUCCAGAACCUGGGUAUCCAAUGUGUAAGGAGAAGAGAAGUCAGGGAUGCCAUAUUGCAGAGAGUGAACCGAGGCCUCAACCCCUUCAAUGUUCCUCGGGAGCAGCUCUUGCAGACGGAGGAAUACGACCUGAACGUGGUGCGUCUGUGUUUCCAGGUCCUUUUGCAAGAUGAGACUGGAUGCUACAGCAUUGCACUGCCACCUGUCAUCUCCAAUCCUAUCUAUGACAACCGUGCACCAAACACAGCUGAGCUGCGCAUCUGCCGCGUCAACAAAAACAGUGGCAGCGUGAAGGGUGGUGAUGAGAUCUUCCUGCUCUGUGACAAAGUCCAGAAAGAUGAUAUAGAAGUGCGCUUCUUCACCCAGACCUGGGAGGCCAGAGGCUCCUUCUCCCAGGCAGAUGUGCACAGGCAGGUGGCUAUCGUUUUCCGUACGCCUGCCUACUGCGACACCUCCAUCACGUCUCCCGUCACUGUGCACAUGCAGCUGCGCCGCCCCACUGACCAGGAAGUGAGUGAACCCAUGGAAUUUAGAUACCUGCCCGAUGACAAAGAUCCAUAUGGCUGUCGAGAAAAGAAGCGAAAACUUGAUGAUCUAAUGAAGUCGUUCCCUAGUUUCACAUCUGGACCUGUGGGACCUAUGGACAGAAAACAAGGAUAUCAACCUCAAGGAUUAAACUCAAGGAUUAAAUAUGAGAAAACUUCCUAUGUAAAUCCUCUUCAUGGUACAAGGAGGCCAAGUCAACAACACAUGUAUAAUUCCUAUCAGCCCCGUAUAAUGCCAUCCACUUCAGCAUGUCCAGCACCAGUAUCAUUCAAUCAAGAUCAAUGGGCUACUUCUUCACUUCACUUCAGCCCAGCUAGCAGCAACCCUGGGGCUAGUAAUGGAGGGGGUAUGUCACAGGUUAACCAAGUUAACACAGUUCCCUCCCUAAACACCACAGGGGAGAGUGGAAACAGCCUCCCCUUACUGAGUCCAAGGGAUCUGGAGUUUCUUGAUCCUCAAGGUGCUUCUGCCAACCAGCCUCGGCAGGAGCAGCUGGAGCACAGUGUCCAGCAUUCACAACAGCCUCUCCACAGGAAGGAAACCAUGCCUGCUGGUGAAAGCCUCUGGCCUAACUUUGAUCCCUCAUCAGGAACACAAAAUGGGCCUGCAAGCACAGGGAUGAAUUACACAUAUCCAGAUUGUCAGGAUGGAAGUGAAAUUCUUCAUAGCUUAGUAGGCCCUCAGACAGGUCUUAAUUUAAAACAAGAGCCUCAAGGGCAAAGUACCUUGGCAAUGCUGGACCCUAACACCAACCUCUUUGAGUCCUACACCAUGCUCAACUAUCCACCGACCAGCAGCAGCAAUCAGGAGGCCAUGAGACAUGCAGCCAGUAGUGGAGCCAGUGGGUCAGGACAGAGGAACACACAGACCCCAUCCUACUCCAUCAGGAACAUGGCCCAAGAAGCUAAUCUCGAUACCCUCAACUGGCCCUACAAUCAAUUUGGUGGCGAAUAAGAGAAAAGUUCAACAGUUUUAAACUAUGGAUAAUAAUAAAUGUAUGUAAGUGUGAAAGUGAAUAACUGAAACUAUAUUUUUUACUGUUUAUAUAGCUUUGCUGGAUGUCUGGAAUAAUCUUUAGUCCUUACAAUUUAGUUGAGUCAAUGAUGAGGCACUGAGUUUAUGGUUAUAGUGGAUGAUACCGUAGCUGGAACAAGUAACACUCGAGCAAAUGCUGCAAUAAACAUUUACUCUAACAAUAAGCUUAUUGGGCCUCCAAAGCCAUUACUGUUGGACAUCACUGUCAUAUUAAAAAAAAAAAAAAAAGGCAGCAAUGAUUUUAAUGAACAUGUAUAUAGAUUUUGAGGAAAAUCUUUGAGAAUUCUGGAAAACCUGUCCAAACUUUCUCAAGUGUGAGGAAGUAAUUCUGUUCUCUGGAACUUGUAGGGACCCUCGGACCCUGUGUAAUGGCUAUGUCAUAUUAAACACACGUUCUAUCCAAAGUUCUCAAAAUGCUGGGUUAAUCCUUCUCAAAAAAUAAUUGAAGUUAAGUUAUGCCUUUAGAACAUGAUGCUGAUAUUUUCUGCUUAUUUUUUUACAAACAUUUACUGGAAAAGAUUAUUAUAUGUUGAUUGUAGUGUAUGCGUGCUUGUUUCAGCUUCACAGUGAAAUCAAGAUCAUUUUAUCUAUUGCAACUUUUAUGUUUUGUAUUUUUAUACAAUAAAAAGAUGAAAUAGUC